UCGACAAUAAUGUCUUCCAACUUGGCGCGAAUCUACAAGCUUCUACCCUGUUCAUUCGUUGUGACCUGAUACUCUUCGCCGACGUGAUCGCAUUACAUAACCAUGCAAGCAUUGCUGUUCAGCCAUCAAACCUGGUCGUCGACUUCACGGAUAAUAUGGCCUCAUGCGAGGUCCUCAUCGCCGCAGCUCUCAGGACUACUAACAUCCGCCAGCAAGUCGAAGGACAUAUCUUCUGGGCCCACUUUGCUACUUUGACACGCGGUGCCUUCAACUACCUCACCGAGCAAAACUCACCGGAGCGGAUUCAGCAGCAUGAGCAAAUUACUGCCUUAGCAAUCCAACACCUACAGACGGCAGAGGAAAUCAGCAAGAAGUUUCCCGGUCCGACUAAUGGCCUCAUCGAGGAAAUCAAUGACAUCCGCCGCAUGCUGGGCGAGGGAACAUCAACGAGAGAGAUGCGCAUGAUCGUCACCGCCAUGGCGAAGGAGUUCAACGGCACGGGUCAUUGGUACCGUUGUGAGAACGGCCAUCCUUUUACCAUCGGCGAGUGUGGUCUGCCAAUGCAGCUGGCGAGGUGCCCGGCGUGCAAUGCGGGCAUCGGUGGUCGAUCUCAUCGCGCGGUCGAUGGAGUGACUCAUGCAGCAGAUAUUGAGCAACAGUUUGGAGACUUGCAUUUGUGAAAUUGAGAACGCGAUUUCGCCAUUGUGGCGUGCUUGAUAAUCGUCUUUUGUCGAGAUGAUGUUUACUCUCCGCCUGGAAAGAGCAACGAUGCACCAAUGUAAUGAUUGAUAUUUCGCGGAUGCUUGAACACUGAUCUUCAUAGUCUCAGCUUCCAUUUCCCAUACAUGAUACUUCUUCCAGUAGUAAAUCCCAUUUGGCCCGCAAUAACGUUGUCG